AUGGCAACGAGCUAUGCCCCAGAUAUCGACAUGGUCAUCGAGGAAACAAGAAGGACUCCGUUUACAAACAAAAUCGCCAGCGUGAGGCUGCAUCAUAUUGGGAAGUUCAAAUUCCCCGAAUACACAGGAAACAAGGACCCGAAGGCCCACGUACGAGCCUUCCGCCUAGCAAUAUCAAGAACACACCUCACCGACGACGAAAAAGAGGCCGGUUACUGCUGCUUCUUCGCCGAGAACCUCACGGGAGCCGCCUUGGAAUGGUUCGCUGGACUAGAAGAAAACUCGAUUGACAACUUCACCCAGUUAGUAUCUAUGUUCCUCAAACAGUACUCAGUCUUCAUAGAAACAAGGGUUACCGAGGCAGAUCUUUGGAAUCUCAAGCAAGCACCUUUCGAGCCGUUGAGAGCGUACAUAAACAAGUUCCGAGAAAUCAAGGCCAAGAUGUUGCAUCCAAACGAGGUCGUCGCCCUAGCAGCAUUGAAGAAUGGUGUCUGGUUCUCAUCCAAAUUCAGGGAAGAACUAGCAGUACGAGCACCUAUCUCGUUGGAUGACGCCCUACAUCGAGCCUCUUACUUUGCCACCCACGAAGAGGAGGUCUCAGCCUUAAAAGAACAGUAUAGCGCGAACAAGAAUAAUGCGACUAAAAAGCCUACUGCUCCUAAGGAGCCAGCGACCAAAGGAAAGCAUUCUUAUGCAAUAAACAACUCACCGCAAAAAUCUUAG